GGCACCGCGCCGCCUGCCUCUCGGUGUCUUACGGCUCCAACAAGAAGCUGCUGGGGAGGCUGGCCGCGGAGACGGGCCUGCAGGUCGACGAGGCGGCCGUGGAUUUCCCUUUGAAGUGCGCUGGGUCGGUGCUGCGAUCGCUGGAGGGGGCGCUGCGGGCGGACACCUCGCUCGUGCUGCUGGACGCGGUGCCGUCCAACGCGCCGUUGGUGCUGCCGCUGGAAGAGGCCGUGGCCGUAUGCCGGCGGCGCUCCCCGAACGCCCUGGUCGUGGUGGACGGGGCGCACUGCCUGGGCGGCGUGCCCGUCUCGCUGCGGCGGCCGCCGGGCGACAUCUUCGUCUCGAACUGCCACAAGUGGUUCUGCGGGCCGAAGGGCACCGCCGUCUUGCACGUCCCCGAGAGGCACCAGGAUCGGGAGUGGAUCGAGCCCCUGGUGAUAUCACACGGCUUCGGGUCCGACUUCGCGAGCGGCUUCUAUUGGUCUGGGCUGUCCGACUUCAGCUCCUGGCUCGCGCUGGACGCUGUGCUAGCCUUCUGGGGUGGCAGGGCUGGCCUGGAGGCCGCGCAGCUGUACUGUCGGUCCCUCGCCGGCGACGCGGCGGGGAUGCUGGCAGAGGCCUGGCGCACUGGCAGGGGCUUCCCCGCCGAGCUCACGGGCCCCAUUGCCCGAAUGGGUGAUAUGGUAUCUCCCCACCCCCCUGAAGGCCUGGGCGAGGCGGGGACCGCGUGGCGGUACGAGCAUGCCGAGGUCGUCCAGAACGCGCUCUUCCAGCGGAGGAUCGAAGUCCCAGUGAAGGCGCUGUCGGGGCGGCUCUAUGUCCGGAUCUCCGGUCGCCGGGGGAUCUACAACCACCUGGGCGAGUACGAGCGGCUCCGGGACGCGGUCCUGGCCCUGGCCGGCGGGGGGCCCCUGUAG